AUGGCUGCCGGCUACCUGGAUGGUGCCAGCGGCCCACCGCUAGGUCAUAUUUCGCGAUCGGGUUGGUGGCUGAGGUGGAGAUUCGGUGAUAAAGAUUGGGCGGGCUCGUACUAUUGUGGUGGUGCUGGUCUUGGACUGGAGGCUAUGGCGUUCGGCCGAGUAGGUGAAGUCAUCAUUGAGCCAAGCCAGCCACAUUUCAUGCGGGUGGAUUGUCGGGUUGACUUUGCCCCAUGA